UGUGAUGUAGUCAGGGUUGUAAGGGUGCUCAUUUAUUUCAUUUACUUGGUUGUGUGACUCCUCUUUAACUUGUGCUUUGUGAUAAAUUUAUGAGCUACAUGGCGUUGUGUGGGUGGAGAAGAUGCACGUUUGACUAAUGACAUGGUCCUCAAUUCCAUGCUGAAGCUGCUGCAGAGGCAGACUUACACAUGUCUCUCUCAUCGAUAUGGGCUGUAUCUGUGCUUUGGCGGCAUCGUCCUCAUGAUCGUUUCCGCAUUUCAGUUUGGCGAGGUGGUUGUAGAAUGGAGUCGAGAUCAGUAUCAUGUGCUGUUUGAUUCAUAUCGAGACAAUGUUGCAGGGAAAUCAUUCCAAAAUAGGUUAUGUCUACCCAUGCCAAUAGACGUAGUCUAUACUUGGGUAAAUGGUACUGAUAUGGAUUUAAUUAAAGAGCUCAGAGCUUUAAAGGAACAGAUGAAAGAAGAACAAAGGGCUAUGAGGGAGCUGUUGGGGAAGAAUACUACAGAACUGCCAAAAGCAAGUGAGAAGCCUGAAUGCCUUUUGUCACACUGCAUCAAGGUUCCAAUGCUUGUACUUGAUCCAGCAAUCCCAGCUAAUAUCACAAUAAAAGAAUUACCAUCCUAUUUACACUCCUUUAAGUCAGCAAAACAGAUGAUCCAUGUUGCAAAGCCCAAGAAUCCCUCUGUUAAUAUUACUGUACUUAUGUUUGACACUCAGAAUAAAGCAUCUGAAGCACAUACAUCUGUGUCCAAUGAAAACAAAAAGCACUCCGCUUCAAGAGGGUACUUGACUUCUGAUAAAGACGCUCCUGGUGUGGUACUAAUGCAAAAUCUGGCAUUUUUAAGUGGGUUUCCCUCAUCCUUUAAGAAGACCGAACAACUCAGAUUAAAGCUCCCACAGAUUAUAAUUAGUAAAAUUAAACAGUUUCAACUUUAUUCUGAAGCCAGUAUCGCCCUUCUCCAGUUAAAUAGGCCAGCGGAUUAUUCUGAACUUGCUCAGCAAGCAAAGAAGAAUUUAACCAUAGAUGGAAAAGAACUUGCAGUCAGUCUUGCUUAUUUGUUAUGGGACUUUAGUGCUAUCAGCCAAUCCAAGCAGGAUGAGGAUAUUUCUGCAAGCCGAUUUGAAGAUAAUGAAGAACUCCGGUAUUCUUUGAGAUCUGUGGAAAGACAUGCACCUUGGGUGAGGCAUAUCUUCAUUGUGACCAAUGGACAGAUUCCUUCCUGGCUGAAUCUAGACAACCCUCGAGUUACCAUUGUAACACAUAAGGAUAUUUUCCUUAAUGGAAGCCAUUUACCUACUUUCAGUUCUCCAGCAAUUGAAAGCCACCUUCAUCAGAUUCCGGGUCUUUCCAGAAAGUUUAUUUAUCUGAACGAUGAUGUUAUGUUUGGCAAAGAUGUUUGGCCAGAUGACUUUUACAGUCAUUCUAAAGGACAAAAGGUUUAUUUAACUUGGCCAGUGCCAAACUGUGCGGAGGGGUGUCCUGGAUCCUGGAUAAAAGAUGGCUAUUGUGAUAAAGCUUGCAAUAACUCUGCCUGUGACUGGGAUGGAGGAGAUUGUUUAGGGGCUGCAGGAAAUGCUCGUUUUGGUGGAGGUGGAGGAGCAGUAGGUGGCAAUGUUCCAUCCUGGCAGUUUGGAGGGAUUGGUGGGAUUGGCGGUCAACCCUACUGUAGCCAAGGUUGUGCUAAUUCCUGGCUGGCAGAUAAAUUUUGUGACCAGGCCUGCAAUGUACUUUCCUGUGGAUUUGAUGUUGGAGAUUGUGGACAAGAUCAUUUUAAUCAGCUUUAUAAAGUUACUUUAAAACUAAACCAGACGCACUACUCCAUUCCUCGUGGAGAAAACAAGCCAUACUUCAGCUUUGCUGGCAUAGCAAAGCGGAUUUCAGAUGCAACAGUUGACGAUAACUCCAUUGUACGCCAUACCUCUGUUGCCAACAAAUGGAAGACUAUUCACUUGAUUCUUUAUGAAGGGAUGAAUGCAACAGUACUGCAUUAUAAUUUAACUUUCCAGGAUAAUCAUGAUCAAGAAUUUAAAAUGCAACUUACCGUGGCGGUUGAAACAAGAGAAACAAUAAAACCAAAUGUAAGUGGGAUUCGCAUCGAUUCCAAGAGUAGUAUUUUAUCAACAACUUCUCCACCUGAAGCAGAGGUUCUCUUUGAAGACAUUCCUGAAGACAGAAGGUUUCCAAGGAUUCAGAAACGAGUUUCAGAUGAAUCCAGCUUGUUAAUUUCAGUGCCUGCUCUAAACAUAUCUCUUUUGCCAAUUGAAGUUCAAAUCUUAUUACAGGAAUUAGAUGCAAAACUACAACAGGGAGACAUUACACUUAAAGGUUACAAUCUUACCAGAGCUUCACUUCUGAAACCUUUUAAAUCAGUUGCUGAGUUCCAGGACAGUACGCAUAAUCUGAAUGUGCCUGAGAUCAAGGCUCCUAAGGAGCAAGGAAAUGUGAAAUUAAAGCAAACAAGUAAAAUAUUAACUGGAACAGAUCCCAAAAAAGAUAUAGUUCAGCUGAAUUCAUCAACUGUCAAAUCAGGACUUGUUGACCUCUAUAAGGCUACUGCUAUUCAUGUGACAAUUGAUUCUCAGUUGUCUCAUAUCAAACUGCAAAAUGCCUCUACUGUAAAAGAAAAUUUAAAUAGGCUUGAACCUGAACAUAAGCCAACAAACAAAAAUUUGUCAGCAGAAAAAUUUUUGAGUGCUCUCAUUGGCAGUAAUUUAAAAGUGAAAGAACUAAGUACGAAAAUGAACGAGAAACAGGUUUUCACUAAAGAACUAUUGGAUGACAAACUGAAGGAAAAUAAUAAUCCAGCUAUGGGACGUAGACUUCAGUAUUUUUCUCCUGUUCAUGGAGGUUUUCUUCCCUGGGAAAGAAAAAAAUAUUUUUAUGAUUUAUUAGAGGAAGAGAAAAGGCUCCAGACAGCUCUAGCAUAUCAAUUAGACAAUAUAAAUGUUGGCAGAAAGCUGAAAGACACAUUUGCAGAUUCCCUGCGCUAUGUGAAUAAAUUGCUUAAUCGCAAAUUUGGGUUUACAUCUCGGAAAGUUCCUGCACAUAUGCCUCACAUGGUUGAUCGCAUUGUGAUGCAAGAACUUCAGGAAAUGUUUCCUGAAGAAUUUGAUAUAACCUCAUCUCACAAAGUACGGCACUCCGAAGACAUGCAGUUUGCAUUCGCCUAUUUUUAUUACCUAAUGAGUGCUGUGCAGCAGUUCAAUGUUUCACAAGUGUUUGAUGAAGUGGAUACUGAUUUGUCUGGAGUCUUGUCAGAUAGAGAGAUCCGUACUUUAGCUACUAGGAUUCACGAGCUGCCACUUAACCUUCAGGACUUGACUGGUUUGGAACAAAUGUUGAUAAAUUGUUCAAAAACACUCCCCACUAAUAUUACAAAUGUGAAUACAGUCAAUCCAACGCAAGAAGCUUAUUAUGAUCCUAGCAUGCCUCCUGUAACAAAAGGACUUGUGACUAACUGUAAACCUAUUACUGACCGAAUCCAUAAAGCCUACAAGGAGAAAACUAAAUAUAAAUUUGAAAUUAUGGGUGAAGAAGAAAUUGCAUUUAAAAUGAUUCGAACCAAUGUUUCCCAUGUUGUGGGGCAAUUGGAUGAUAUAAGGAAAAAUCCAAGGAAAUUCAUUUGUUUAAAUGACAAUAUUGACCAUAGUCACAAGGAUGCAGCUACUGUGAAAGCUGUAUUGCGAGACUUCUAUGAAUCAAUGUUUCCUAUCCCUUCACAAUUUGAACUGCCAAGAGAAUAUCGUAAUCGCUUUCUUCAUAUGCAGGAGCUACAGGAAUGGAGAGCAUACCGGGACAAGUUGAAAUUCUGGACACACUGUGUUCUUGUCACUUUAGUUGCCUUCACUGUAUUUUCAUUUUUUGCAGAACAGCUAAUUAUGUUAAAACGUCAUCUCUUUCCAAGAAGAAGAAUCAAAAGGGAUGUCAAUCCAGAACGAGUGUAGAUGGAGGUGGAGCAAUUUACCUUUUGUACGUUUUGAGUCUGGCUUACCAAAUAAGACAGCAAAAACAAGAAUACAAAGCUGACUGAAACAAGUGCCAAGUAAUAAAUCUCGAGAGACCUUCUGUGGAGCAGCUACUUGCGAAGCAAAACUCGGGAGACAGAAGCUCUUUAGGGAUCCCAGGACUGCCAGUGAAUUGAUGCGACAGCCAUUGAAUCCUACAGUCGGUCUCCACAGUAGGGUGGUGCACUUCCAGGAGGGAGUCAUAUUGGACACUGGAGCUGGCAGAAGUUUAGAUGGUUGAAGUUAUUCCAUUUUUAUAUUUUUGGAGCCAGCUGAGCUCUUUAGUUUCUAUGCUGAGAUCGGGUUCUCGAGAUGAUAAAUCAGUGCACUCAAACAUGUUGUGUUCAUUUAAAAUGGACCAGCAGAGGUGGUUUACAAUAUAAAGUGCUGAACACCUUUAGUAGUAUAGCUAAAAAUAAAUAAUGUGUUAAUGCACUCCACUCUUUAUAUUUUAGUACAAAAAAGGAUUUAAUUGUUGCUGCCUUUCCCUUAUUAUUAUUUUAAAUAAGUGCCUAUUUUGUUGUUGAUUUAUUUAAAGAGCACUGGUAUGUAAUCCAGCUUCUCCUCCAACAAAAAACAAUUUUAUUAUAUUUUUGCAGGGUAAGGAUUUAUUGGGUAAUGUAGUAAUGUUAAAACAAUAAUAAAUCAUUUUUUUAAAGAA